AUGUCACACACUUUUCAAAAGGUCAAAAGCCUUGAAAACGACAUUGCGACCGGCUGGGUUUCGGGCCCUAAUGGCCGAGGAACUUGGGACCUGCUUUAUAGUUGUCUUUGUACUUUACUAGCAUGCGUCUACACCGCUAUCCAUUUGAACAUACCUCCUGAAGGCGAGGGUAAAACCGCUGGGUAUGGAAGAAAAGUAAAGUGGAUUUUGAUUGCGCUUUUCGCACCCGAGAUUGUGGCUUAUACUGCAUUUGAACAAUCAUAUAUUUGUCACAAAUUUCUCAAAAAGCUCCUUAUUCAGGAAAGAUAA